AUGUUCUAUAUGGCAGCUAGCUCAAAACUCAGUCAUCCACGAUUCGUUGCUUCUGAUACUGAAGAGGUUGUGCAGUUGGUGAAAACGGCUCGCGAUGCGUUCUAUUGGAUACCUGGUCCAGGUAAACUGAUGUUCGACGAUUUCAUGCGGCACGUUCGCAAGCAGAAAGCGUGUAAAAAAGAUGUGGCACAACGCAUUAAUGCAUGCAUACAACAACCAAGUUGA